AUGAACGUAUUAAUUUACCUUGUGUUAUUGUUGUAUAACCACAAUGUUUGCAGUCACAGCCAGGCUGCUAAACGCAGUAUCAUCCACGGUAGAAAACACAAAAAUAUAUCCAAAUGUGUUUUCAACGAGACGCUAAAUAAUGACUACGAGAUUCUGUCUUCAGCGGUGUCUGAAUCUAAAUACAUUUUCACAGCGCGCGUGCUAAGCGUCACUAAGAUAAGACGGGGCAAGCCCAACGCGAGAAUAAAUAUAUCCUACAAGUUGUACAUUCGACUUGUAAUGAAGGGGGACGUUCGAGAGCUGAAAAGUCACGUCUUCGCCGGGGACGAACGGACGCUGAAUGGGGGCAUUGUGUUCGUGGACUGGCCUAGGCAUAAGUGCGCGUACAAGCUAUACCGGCAUUCUUCUGGUAUAUUUCUGAGCGACGGUUUUUAUGAGAGUUUUGGACGGAGGCCACGGAUGCGGCUUCUGUACGAGCCACUUCCACUGUCGCUGUACGAUUUGGACAGAGUGAAUGCGGCGUUAAGAGGUAAAUUUUGCUCGCUUUGUUAUGCUAUGCUUAAGUGUACACAGGUAAUAAAUGCGCAAUGUAAUUUACAACGAGCCCACGCUUUUCCGAAUGAUGGUGAAUGCACUCACAGUUACAGAUAUGCAUCAAAUAGGCUUUUAAAUGUGCUUUAG